AUGCAUUCUAGAUGGCGCGGAGGUCGCUCAUACGACCAGAACCGCCACUCGGCGCAAAGACAAUCCAACGCCCGCACCAUGAGCGCGCAUGGUGGGUCUCGGGGGGGACAGCAUAAUUGGGGAGAUUCGCGUGACCAGUUCGCUUCCGGGCCGCAGCAGGAGCAGCAUGUCCCCGUGCGAGGCUUCAAUGCCGCGGAGUCGAAGGGAGCUCUGAGAAAAGGUGCGUUUAGACCAACUUCUGUGCGAGGAAUGACACCAGCUAAUACACAGCUUGCGCUGGGCUCUAGGACCGGGAGGUGCGCAUACCGCUACUGCUCACCCGAAACCAAUGUCUACGAUUGCCUAUUGCUAACUCCCAUCUCCUCUCCAGAACCGAGGCCUUACCACUACAAACCACAAGGAAAGGACGUGAACAACCGUGCAAGCGGACCCUGGGGCGCAAAGCGUACGUGA